ACGAUCCAUGGAGUUCUUUCUGCGUAAAGCUGGACACCCGAACCGGCAGGUGCGGUCGGUGCCUGAUGGGACAGUGGCUGAAUUUCCCAUCGCCAAUGUCAGCCGGAAAGAUGGAGGGAAUUACACCUGUGAAUAUCGCUCCAUAACGGAUCAGAGUCGCUGGUCGUAUCGCAGCGACCCCGUCGAGAUCAUUGUAGCAGAUCCCAGCUUACCCAGACCGUCCAUCUCUCUGAUUCCCACUGGGGUCACCGCCCCAGGGGCAGACGUCACCAUCCGGUGUCAGGGGCAGCGCUGGGACGUGAGGUUCUUCCUGCACAAGGCUGGAGACCUGAACCCGCAGCGACACAUGGACCCUGCUGGGGACGGGGCCGGGGCCGAGUUCUGCAUCCCCACCGUGGGCCGGCCGCACGAAGGGAGCUACAGCUGCAGCUACCGGCUCCAAUCACAGCCCUUCGUCUCCUCGCAGCCCAGCGUCCCCGUGGAGCUGGUGGUAGCAGGUGGAUCGGAAUCGCCGGCACCUCUGGGUCUGACCAGCCCCAUCAUCACUGGGGUGAGCGCGGCAGCCGCCAUCCUCCUCCUCCUCCUCCUUCUCGUGGCCUUCGUCUGCUUCAGAAAAACCCGAGCCAGAAAAGGAGCCGCACCGAGACCGAGCAGCACCAGCCCUAAGGGGGCAUUAAAGGCACCGGCUCAGCAAGACCCCAUCUACGCCUCCAUGGAUGAAGGGAAAGAGCCGCAGACCCUGCCCCAGGAGCCCGACCCCGGCGCCGACGGACUCACCUACGCCGAACUGGACGGCCAGGCGCUCCAGGCCAAGCGGGGGGGCCCGGCCCCUGCCCCUGAGCCCGCUGAGACCAGCAUGUACGCCGCGAUCAAUGUGAGCCGGGGGCCCCCACAGUGAGAGCCCCCUGCAGCCAUGGGGCGCCGGCCCCCACGGGGCAACAGACUCACCCACCUGCAGCACCUGCCCCGAGACUCUGCUUCUAGGGAAGAUUUAGGGGGGACACUGCCCUCCCCCCAUGGCUGCCCCUUCUCAUCGAGCUGCUGUCUCCCUGCCCCACCUAGGCCCCCAUGUAGGGGCCGGUGUGGGGGGCUCAGCACUGGGAGGGGGAGGGGAUGCGCUGAGGUGGCUGUUUAUUUUAUUUUGCAUCCUGUUAAUCUCCAGAUUAGUAAUAAACACAGAACCACAAACCAGCCCAACCUGGGCACCUCACAGCCCCCCUCUGCCGGGAAUGUGUGUAACACCUGGGGGAGAUGGGGUGGGGCAUGGGGGGUGGUUAUACAGGGACCCCUCACCCAGCGCUGGGUUGCAGCCCCUCUGGGGAAGGGCGUCAGUUGGGCAGGACACCGGGGUUCACACCCUGACUCUGGGUGAAACUGCAGAAGGGUCUGAUGCCCGUGACUAAUUGGUGCCGGCUGUUUACAUCCCCCCAUGGGGUCGUCCCUUCCCCGCUGUGCUGGGGGAUCCAUCCCUGUGAGCCGGUGUGCGGGGAGCAAAGGGGAGGUGAUCCCUGGGCGGUGCCCGUAUGAGAGAUCGGGGGGGCAUCACCCUGUGACCCCGAUGUUUCCCUCCUCGGGGCCCCGGGCCGGUCAACGUAGGCACAGGGAGAACCCCACAGCUAAUCCCCUGCUUGUAUCUUCCCCAUAAGGGCCCCAGGCCCCACCCUGAGGCCCUGCCUCUGGGGCGAUGUGGGAAUCGCCACUUGCUGGGAGCAGUGCGGGGGCUAGGACACAGAGCGGGGCAGUUCUGAAUCCCCCCUGCAGGGGUAGGGAGUGGGGGCUGUUUUCCAUUGAAUGAGGCUUUGUGACUGUUCAGUGAUGUGUGGAGGAAAAGUCCCCUCAGCUCCACCAUCCUGGCUCCUGCAUGAGAUGCUCCCCCCCACCCCUGAAAUCCUGGCCCCUGCAGCCUCCGGACCCACAGAUUGGCCUGACCCAUGUCUGCCUGCCCCUGGGUGCUCAGACAUCAGCCGUCUCCCCAUUGCCUCGGUUUCCCUUAACUCCUGCUUAAAGAGCCCCCCUGAGCCUGAUAGUCUCCACCUGUGACACUCUGUACCUCUGGGGAACACCCUGCACCCCCAUGUUCAUCCUUGUAAUAUGAUUGUGUGGGAUCUAGUGUAAAGUUUGUCAUGUCGGGUGUCUUCGGAAGGCUCAUGAUGCACCGAGCAUUGUUGUUACAGUGAUGUUAUAGGUUGUAAUUUCAUGUAUAUAGUUAUGUGGCUGAAAAUGUAUCCUCAUGGUGUGUGCCCAUGGGAGGAGGAUCUGAGACCAGGGCAUGUGCCCAUGGCGGGGGGGUGUCAUGGACUCACAGGACUCGUGCUCUCUCUUGGCUCCCCUUUCAGUACUACAGCCCUUCUCAGGGGUCACAAUCUCUCUCGGGGGUUAAGCCCCUAUGCCUCCUGGAACCGCACCUGUCAUGAACAUAGAGCUAAGGAUAGCAUAAAAUCCCUCCUUUACCUGUAAGGGGUUAAGAAGCUUAAAUAACCUGGUUGGCACCUGACCAAAAGGACCAGUAAGGGGAGAAGAUACUUUCAAAUCUGGGGGAGGUUUUUGUUUUGUCUCUCUUUGUUGUUCUCUCCAGGACAGCGAGGGAUCAGGACAGGGAAAAUACAUCUCCUAAAGCCAGACCUGAACUAAGCAGCUAAGAUUACAAAUUGUAAGUAAGUAAUAGCAAGGAAAUGCGUUAG